AGUGGAUUUGCGGGCUCUCCAUAAGUGCACUACAGUCUAAUCCGACAUCGGAAUUUAGGGAUUUGCACGUCGAGUUUACUUCUGAUUAGAAUAGGAAACAGUCGAGUUUACUUCCGAUUAGAAUAGGAAACAAGUCUGAUUAUUAUCUGAUUAAUACUAUCGUGCGUGCGCUACUCGUGCUUCCUAGGGAUCCUCCAUGCAGCUCCAGAUUUUCUCUUGCUUCCUCCCCACGGCUCGAUGCUGCCCACUAGUAACGCCAUGUAUCCUGGCCAAGGACAGCGACAGCCUAGUAGGGCUCCCAAUGACCUGCCAAACCAAUUUAGUCCAGCGAUACGCCACGGAACUGAGCCAGAGCCUUACAGUCACCAGUUCAAUUCUGGGGGUUCCUCCCUCGGCCUUUCGAACCACGGCUUGCCCCGGCGUGACGAUUUUUUUAGUGCUGGGAUGGGGGGACAACAGGACGGACCUGUUACACAAACACCUGCGCCUGGAUCCUUUCAGCAUCACCAGCAGGAUGUCCACCCAAACCCGGGCCCUUCGCAGUCGAGUUCACCCGAGAUGGGGAUGAUACCGCUGUAUCCCUACCGAGCUGCAGCAACUCCGCAGGUGGCUACACCGCACCUAGGUCGGACUCCGACGCCAUUCUCUGGAAGCCACACAUCGUCUCGAGGACAGUCUGUGGGUCCGGUGACGCAGCACGGCGGGACGGAUGGCUAUAAUCAGCCCCAGAACUACAGCGGCCAACCGUUCUAUUCAAUGCAUCAGCGUCAAAUGGGACAUCAUAGCGGCACACCUCACAACCAUCUUGAUACCCCCAUAGAUUACUCCUCCUUGCAUUCAACUGUAGCCCGUCUUGUAUCCGAAGUGAAAAACCUGAAGGAUGUCACUCAGAACCUGCUGUUUUCCAAUAACGAGCUUCGACAAUUGAACGACUCACUGAAGGCGCGCAUUGAGGUAAACGAAGAAGCCAUUGAGGAGUUCUUGAAGACCGGCAGAAACAAGAAAAAAGCCGGCAUUAGGAAUGUAUCAAACUCGCAUGCAGCCUUGAAACCAAUAAUCCACCCUUACUUUUUCGAACUCUGUAAUAUUGAUCCGUGCCUCAGUAAAUCAAAGCGCAUAAAGUUGUUGGGAGCUGUCAAACCUUUGGAUAAUGGAGAACCUCACGAGACGGUAUCAACCAAGAUAGUAUGGCACCCGAACUGGCUUGGUAACGUUGAUGACGAUGUCAACGCACUGUACAUCAAGGAGAUCGUUAACCUGGUAUGGGAAAAUGAGAAGGCGUGCCGCGAGAAUCCUAACGCCAAGCAUGAGAUCGCUGAUGAAGACUAUGACCACGCUAUCAUCACUGAGUGCGUGAAGACGUACUUUCGAAACAUUCACAAGCAAGCAAGUGAACAGGUCAGCGACGAUAAGGCGGCCAAAGCUCUGGAACGAAAAGAUAGACUGCGACAGCGUUCACGUCGUCAAGCAGUCACAAAAUCACGCCGUCAAGCUGCGUCGGCCUAUGAGACUCAGUCAGGUAACAAAGGGGCCGUUGCAAUGAUAGAUACUGACUUUGCCUCCGACAUCCUUUCCUACGAUUCCGAGGAGGACCUUUCAGCGGACACGCUAUCCAGGUGGGAGAGAGCGAAGCUUGCGAAGUUGGCGUUUUAUGUUGAAGGUUCGAAAUGGCGUUCUGUUGAUUAUGUGGCCUUCCUGCGCUGGCUGUCUUUGCGCAAUAUGCAGAAGAACGAGGAGCACAACGAGCCUGAUGUGGACGCAGCAGAUGACACCGCUCGACCACCGGCUACCAAGCGUCGCAGAACGAACAACACGCAGAAGCACCGCAAGAAGGUCUUUGACCUAGCGCCAGCAAAGAUGAACGACAACAAGCCAAAGUCGCACAAGAAAAACGUACCAUUCAAGUCUAUGGUAUCUGCUGUCUGGGCGCGUGACCAUGCUGAGGAUAAAUUCCUUGAUGGUACUGAAUGGCUGACGGGCUUUUACGAGAAAAUGGCCCAGGGUGCGUUGAUAAAGGAGGACGAGGAAUACUUGCAAGAACUUCAGAGGUGGCACGAGAAAGAGAUGGACGGAGAGAUGGACGCUGAUGAGAUGGCAGUUUGA